AUGCCCGUGACUUCUCAGCUGCUCAGGGGUUUGCCCCGUGCCAAGGUCCUCGCCUCUGGUCUGCUGCCGUGCCCACAGCAUCAGCCCCAGUUCGCGGCCGCUGUUAGCCGACCGGCGGCGAGACCGCCAUGCCACAUGUGGCGGAGUGUCCAGCCGUCCAGGAGUUACCAGACGACCUCGGGACUCCACAGUUACAUCCUCACACCUCCGCAGGUCAACUCCAUCCUCAAAGCCAACGAGUACAGCUUCAAGGUGCCCGAGUUUGAUGGGAAGAAUGUGUCGUCGGUUAUGGGUUUUGAAAGUAAUCAGCUGCCAGCCAACGCUCCUAUAGAAGAUCGGCGCAGUGCAGCGACUUGCCUCCAGACGCGGGGAAUGCUGUUUGGUGUGUUUGACGGCCACGCUGGCUGCGCGUGUGCUCAGGCGCUGAGUGAGAGGCUGUUUUACUACAUAGCCGUGUCGCUCCUGCCCCACGACACGCUGUGCGAGCUGGAGGCCGCCGUGGAGAACGGCAGGGCCCUCAGUCCCAUCCUGCAGUGGCACAAACACCCGAAUGACUACUUCAGCAGGGAGGCGCAGACUCUUUACUUUAACAGCCUUCGGACGUACUGGCAGGAGUUAAUAGAUCUGACCAGCCCGGGUGAAGUUCCAGACACUCGUGAGGCCUUACUGAACGCCUUCAAGAGGCUGGACAACGACAUUUCUCUGGAGGCUCAGGUUGGAGACCCGAAUGCUUUCCUGCACUACUGGGUUCUGAGAGUGGCCUUUUCUGGAGCCACCGCCUGCGUGGCUCACGUUGAUGGAUCUGACCUCUUUAUAGCAAACGCAGGAGAUGCCCGGGCGGUGCUGGGAGUGCAGGAGGAGGACGGCUCGUUCAGCGCUCACACGCUCUCCAACGACCACUGUGCCCAGAACGACGACGAGGUGGCUCGGAUCCGGCGCGAACACCCUCCGUCAGAGAGGAAGACGGUCAUCCGCCAGGACCGCCUGCUCGGGCUGCUCAUGCCAUUCCGUGCAUUCGGGGACGUGAAGUUCAAGUGGAGCAUCGAGCUGCAGAAGCGCGUGUUGGAGUCCGGGCCCGAUCAGCUGCACGAAAACGAGCACACAAAGUUCAUCCCCCCCAACUACCACACGCCCCCCUACCUGACAGCCGAGCCCGAGAUCACGCACCACAAACUCCGACCGCAGGACCGCUUCAUGGUGAUCGGCUCCGACGGGCUCUGGGAGACCCUCCACAGGCAGGAGGUGGUGCGCAUCGUGGGGGAGUAUUUAACGGGAGUGCACCAGCGUCAGCCGCUCACUGUCGGAGGUUACAAGGUCACUUUGGGACAGAUGCAGGGACUGCUGGAGGAGAGGAAAGCCCGUGUGUCUUCGGCUUUCGAGGACCAGAACUCGGCGACCCACCUGAUGCGUCACGCAGUGGGGAACAACGAGUUCGGCACGGUGGACCACGAGAGACUCUCGAAGAUGCUGUCGCUGCCGGAGGAGCUGGCCCGCAUGUACCGGGACGACAUCACCAUCAUCAUCACUCAGUUCAACCCGCACGUGAUCGGGACGCAGAGGCCAGACGGCCAGUCCUGAGGCGUUCCGGGAGCCGCUCGCCACUUUCCCCACUGUACUGCAGAGUGCAGCCAAGCACAGUCUGGAAAAACAUUCAAUGUCAAAAAAAAACAAAAAAAAACUCUGUCCAACAGUGUGGCCACUACUAUUUUAGCAAUAUUUAUGUCAGUUUGUCUGUUUGUAUGCAGUGUUGCAGGAAUGUCUCUCUCUCUUAUAAGGAUUGAUCUGUACCUCUUGUAUAAGUUAUUUAUGUUGCCAGUGUGGUCUGGCGCUUCACUCACAGCUGAUAAGACACUGUUACAAAAUGACUGAGACUUCCGUGCCAAAACGUUCGACCUCUUCUUUGGAUGAAACGAUUGAAUCGAAGGACUUUCCAAAGAGGCUGAAAAUGUACACUCUCGAUAUCCGUUUUUUUUUUUCCAAAAGGGACUUUGAAGUACCAGUGUGAACAUUCUGUUCGCUUUUUUUUUUUUUUUUUAAAUACAGAAAUACAAAUGAUAAUGAAUC